AUUGGCGUAAGACGCGCUUUUGUUUUGUUGCUUUUCUUUAUUGUUCAAAUUCAUUUGAUGCUCAUGCCCCCAUGUGACUUUACUUCUCUUUGCCAGCCCAUCCACCGACGCCUUUCUCCAUUAUAUUCACUUCCCACUUUCCUCUCUUUUCCUUAAUUUUAUCUCAUUACAACUUCAACAAGAAGAAGAAGAAGCAAAGUUAGAGAAAUUUCUUAGGUGUUCCAAAAAUGGCAAGAUUAGUUGCAUUCGUUGCUCUUUGUUUACUCUUUGCUUCUUUGGCAGCUGCCACUUCCCCUUUCCUUGUUAAGGGUAAAUGUUAUUGUGACACUUGCCGCUGUGGCUUUGAGACCGAAGCUACCAAGUAUCUCGCUGGAUCCAAGGUUAAAAUUGAGUGCAGACACAGGGUGACCAACGAAAUCACAUACACAAUUGAUGGUGUGACCAACUCACAGGGUGAAUACAACAUCUUGGUAAACCGUGACUGUGGAGACGAUGUUUGCGAUGUUGUGCUCGUCGAGAGCUCUGAUAAAAGAUGUGGCAAACCCAAUGGUGGCCGUGACCGUGCCCGUGUCAUCCUUACCCGCAACAAUGGCAUGUCCUCUGAUGUCCGUUACGCCAACAACAUGGGUUUCCUCUCUGAUGCGCCUCUUAAAUCCUGCACUCAGAUCCUCCAGCAAUACCAAUUGACCGAGGACCAAUAUUGAAGGAACAUCAACAAAUGACUUCUUACUAUGAAUCUUUUGUUUGAUGUUUAGAGCUUAUUUAUUCUUAUGAUGUUGAUGAUGAUGCUUUAGGCAUCAAACUUCAUACUUAUAUCUUUGUUAUUGUAUCUGGAUGUUCAACUUCUAAGUGUUAUGUUGUUUUUUAGUCUUUGAGUUAAAUUUUAAUGGCUCAUUAAAAUUGUUACUA